CGAAAAGACCCACAUGGCUGUUGCUUGUAUGUAAUGCGGAUAGAGCGGGAUAAAGCCAAUUUAUUUAUUUAAUCUUAUAUUUAAAAAAGGAAAAUAAUUGUAAAUAUAUUAAGGAAUUAACCGUUAAGGUUUCUUUAGUCACCGUUGCGUUUAUCUAACAUGCCUGUCCACUUUAAAGAGCCCAAGGAAAUGAAGGAGGAACCGAUGGAGGAUGUCACGAACGAGGACGAGAGUAGCGGGAGCAGCGACGAGUCCAUGGAUGGCGAAAACGCGAAUGAAGGUCAAGAGGAAGCCCAAGUGUACCUUCCGGGACAGGCUCUGCAGAAGGACGAGGAGCUCGCUGUGGACAAGUCGGCGUACAGAUUGCUGCAUCACGCGCAAUCUGGAGCACCGUGCCUCAGCUUCGACGUGAUACCGGACGAUCUGGGUAACGCCAGGGAGAGUUAUCCCUUAAGCAUGUACAUAGUCGCUGGGACGCAAGCCGCCAGGACGCACGUUAACAAUCUCCUCGUCAUGAAGAUGUCCAAUUUGCACGGUAUUAAGCAGCGCUCCGAUGACUCGGAGAGCGAAUCGAGCGAUUCGGAAGACGAGGACGACGAGAACGGCGAGGUUAAGCCGAUUAUGAACGUCGCUCCUAUAAAACACCAAGGAUGUAUUAAUAGAGUGAGAUGUACGAAAAUUGGCGAAGCAAUCCUGGCUGCCAGUUGGAGCGAGCUGGGGCGCGUAAAUAUCUGGAACCUGCAGGAACAGUUGAGCGCAGUCGAAAAUCCCGGCUUGCUGGCCGCAUAUCGUAACAAGUGCGAUAAAGCGAGUGCGGCGAUUAAGCCGUUGUACGCGUUCAAGGGCCAUCUGUCCGAAGGAUUCGGCCUCGAUUGGAGCCGCACGGAGCCGGGCACUCUGGCGUCCGGUGACUGCAAGGGUAACAUUCACAUAUGGCGAGUCGACAACAGCGGCGCGUCCUGGCACGUGGACCAACGGCCAUACAAUUCGCACGCCCCGCACAGCGUGGAGGAUCUGCAGUGGUCGCCGAAUGAGAAGAACGUCCUCGCAUCGUGUUCCGUCGACAAAAGCAUAAAGAUUUGGGACACGCGAGCAAGUCCACAGAACGCGUGCAUGUUGACGGCGUCCGGCGCUCACACGGCUGACGUCAACGUUAUCUCGUGGAACCCGAAGGAGAGUCAGUUUAUAGUAUCAGGCGGGGACGACGGGAUGCUCUGCGUAUGGGACAUGCGACAGUUCGGACCUAACGGCGCAAGCCCGGUCGCCAUUUUCAAGCAGCACACCGCGCCAGUCACCACCGUGGAGUGGCAUCCCGCAGAAGCCACGGUGUUUGCCUCCGGCGGUGCUGACGAUCAGAUCGCUCAGUGGGAUCUGUCGGUAGAGGCGGACGACACGGAGGAACCUCAGGACAGCGUGUUGGCCAAGUUACCGCCGCAGUUGCUGUUCAUACAUCAGGGUCAGUCGGAUAUCAAAGAGUUGCACUGGCACCCGCAAUGCCCGGGAACUAUGAUAUCGACCGCGCAUUCGGGAUUCAAUAUAUUCCGUACGAUUAGCGUGUAAUAGGAUAUCAUUCUCUAGGAUACUGUAAAAGAAUAUAUUUUAAGAGACCGUGAAGAAACAAUAUACUAUGUAAAAUAUAUCUACAAGAUUUUCGUUUCUUAAA